AUGAUAAUCAUUUCCAAAAUGUUACAUAUGCCAUUGAAAUUAAAAUGGGGUAAAAAAAGUGGCCGAUACGAUCUUAGCCAAGAUAUUUAUGUAUUAACUAUAUACCUUGGUGAUUAUGCUAUCUUACAAUGUACUCUAACAACAGAAAGUACCGCAAGCCAAUGUAUGGAAUAUCUUAGCCAAAAAGUUGAUCUUAAUCAGGUAGAAAUGUUUGGCUUACGAUAUCAAAUGAAAACAAAUGAUCCGGAUAAUCGUAUGAUGCGAUGGGUGGAACUUGAUAAGCCGUUAAGACGACAACUGGAAAAAUGGGCAUGCAAACCACGACAAGUACAAUUGGCUGUCCUCUAUCAUACACCAAAUGCAUUCACAUUAACUGAUCAAAUGGCUAGGUUAUAA